ACAUUCCAUGCAGGCAUGGACAUUAGGCUACAUACUUGUAUUAGUGCAUAACAACCUAUAUAAGGGAGAGGUAUGACGUGUAGAGUACAGACUGUUAUAAAGCUGUGCCGCACACUCUAAAAAUCAGUGUCUAUAAAGCAAGAUCAGUUUAUUGUCGUCAAAGAGUUGGAGCUAUGGUUUGCAGUCAAUAGUGAAUAGUGUUCUACUAGCUUGUUUUGUUACUUCAAAGUAGCUAUACUUUCUGUUUUGCCAAGGCUCCCUUUGAUCACCAGAACAAGAUAAUGAGUGUCCGCAGUCUGGGCCAACUUUGAGGGAGAGAGUUUGAGUAUACAGCCAUUCUAUCACACAGAGUCCAAUAGGCAACAGCCAAGUUUCCAGGCAACACCCUUUUACCACACAUCCCCACCUUCUCCAUUAAAGAACAGUAACUUGGCUUAUAAUCAGCUCACUCCAAGCAACCUUGUCAGUCCUACAUAGUUCAGCCACUACUGUAUAUAGUCGACAACACACCUACAGAGCUCUUGUUUGUGGCUUUGUGUGUUAGCAUCUGUCUAAACAGUCUCAAGCAUUAACAUUCUAUUGUCUACAUACGAUGGGUAAUGUACCACUCUGUGUACCAAAGAAAGGUGGACCAAUUGUGUUUACUGAACGAUACAAUUUCCAAACUGGAGGUCAUCCUCUUUCUAUGAACCAGUAUCACCCGUACGAAUCAAGCCUUGAGGAUUUAUGCAGUCCAGAGCUACCAAGAACUAGUGUUAGUUCUCCUUCUGAAGGAAACAGAAGGCAAAGCUUGUUGAUAGGGGAUCCAAUAGUCGGUAUAGAGAUUGAUCAAGAGUCGGAUCAAGUCUACUCUGGAUUGCUGCAAUUUCAAUAUUUUGAUGGGAAUGAAAUGAGAAAAGAAAAUGUCCAUGUUAAGAGCUCUGAUAGUAUUGCGAAUUUAAUUCCAAUUCUAAAAUCUACAUUUAUUGCAAGUUUCACAGACCAGUCUAAAGAUUACGAAAUGAGCGAUGGUGAAAACCACAGCUAUGUGGCACUUGUACAGGGAGAAAUGGAGAGGGAGCUGGAUAUGAUGGACAAGCCACUCGAGAUAGCGUUGGACUGUUCUUCCAAAGGUCUAGCCUCUCCCAAAUUCCUUUUCAAGUCUCCCCUAUCCGAACAAACAGAUACGCCACUAAUGGCUCGUCAAACAAAUCGCUUCACUUCUUAUGUCGGAUCACUAGCACUACCUUCAGGCUCAGAGAAUGAAGAGUCACCAACAAACAGUAAACACUUGAAAACUUUCAACAGAGAUUUUGAUCAAACAAGCAUGACCAGCUUUGGCAGUGCUUUCAGCUUAUCUUCAAAGAGCAGCAAGACAAAAUCAACAUCUUCUCUAGUCGUCAAGUCAAAGAAGAAGAAGCUAGCUCACACGUUGUCAAAUCAAGAGACUGCGAAAUCCAAUAAAGCAGACUUCCUCACACUCGAGUCAUCUCCUGCCCAUCAUCAAUCACAAACACUGAUCGAUUCUCCUGUCUCAACCAGAAAAAAUGGUAAUCGAAAAUCAAUCAUGACCAACUUCAUUUCAAGGUCAUUGAGGAUUAGAAAAAAGCACAAACGUUCAAAAGACACUACAAAUGACUCACCAGAUGGAAAUGAAAAUAAUCUAUCUCAAAAUACAACAGACGAAAUGCUUCCAGUAAGCAGUCUGAUAUCCCCAUUGCCAGCAGACAGAAGGUUUACCUUGAGUACUGUGAUGCAUAUUUACUACAUGAAGCCGAAGCAGGUACAGCUGUACAAAAGCGUACUUGUAUCAGAGAAAGCGACAACAGAGCACGUGAUCACUCAGGCCCUCGAGCGGUACAACAUGAAGUACUUCAAUCCUGAUGAUUUUGGCUUGUACGAAGUGAUUGGAAAAUGGCAGGAGAUUGCGGGAACCCUGCCAUCCAAUUCAAGUCUCCAUGUAUCCAGUUCAAAUAGUGGUACCUCUUUAACACUCCCUAAUAAGCAUGGCACAAGCCCUCUUGUCAAUCGUCGCACAGCAGUUGAAGAGUUUGUUGUUUGCUAUUCAAGAGAAUUGAAUCACGAAGAUUGUCCAUACAACAGUCAGUUUUUUCUUGACACAAGGGAAGGCUAUACAAGGAGGUUUGAACUACGCCAGAAACCUUCUAAAGAAGUUGAUGGAAACAGAAAGGAAAGUACUGUUUCUGCAUCAGCUGUAGAAGCAGUAAACGAAAAAUUAGUGCCAGAAUCUGGCCAAAGAAGUUUAUCGAUUGCACACAUAAAUUGUAAUUCCGAAGAGUCUCCAGUGAUUUUUGGUCAAACUACUCACCGAAAAAGAGCAAGAAGGAAUAGAAUCAAAGACUCAUCAGCUUCCCUAAACGAGCUAUCAGAAGAAUUGAAAAUACAUGACGAUGAAGAGCGAAAGAACACAAUUUCAUCAUCCACACCAGCAGAUCAACGCCACAAAAAAUCAUCUCUUUUUACAUGCUCUUCACCCGAAAAUAAGGUUGGCAAUGGUACUCAUUGUUGUAAUGAUGUAUACACACCUGUACCACAGAGUCCACAGAGUGAAAUGGCCCCCCUUGACACACCAAUCCUCCUGAAUCUUCGCAUACACGAACCAAGAAAGGAAAAAUUAGUUCACGUACUUUCAGCAGAAUCGACUCAUAUAGUUGGCAAAUCAAGCUGCAAAACAUCACAAGAAACACCAAAAAAUGAUUCAGAAAUUGUCGUCUGUCAACCGGAAAUCAGAGAUUCAACCCCACUUUGUUCAAUCUGCCGCCACCACCCCAUUUCAAAUUCAACUUGCUUCGAGGUAAUAGCUGUGAAUGACCUCGUACCAGUAAUGGUAAAUGGUGAAACCAUUCAACAAAAGGUAUCUCUUGUUCACGGAGAUUUAAUCUCAAUUGGAGCAACACACAUGUUCCUGUUUCAAAAUUUCUCCUGCCAGAUCCCUAACUAUAGAUGGGAACCUCAAUGUGUAGAGAAAUCUUCUGUUAAUGUAGAUGUGAUGCGACCUUCUUCACAACUCAGCAUAUCUAGCGUCAGCAGUAACGAUGAACCGAAUGGCAAGCUUACGAUUAGGUCUGGGGCACUUGGUUUGAACUCCCGAUCGACAUCUGAGUUUAGCCUAACUGUUGAGGAUGUGGAUUCUCAGACGCUGACAGAGAUUAAUUUAGGGAGUAUGAGCAUUAGUGAUAGCCCUAGCAUGACACACUCGAGCAAAAAGCCAAUAGCACAGUGCAACCAAAGUGCCCAUACUCGACUCAUGAUGAGGCAAAUGAACGAGAAUACUGAUAGAGAAACAAUAACCAUGACUCUACCUACAAACUCCGAAGGAAUCGACAACAAGACUGAAGAUACGCAAGUGUUUUUAUCUGAAUCAAAGAAACAACCACUAAAAAAAUCUUCUUCUCUACCAUUUCACACAAUGCCACGUAAACUGAUGUUCUCUUAUUCCUUGAAUGAAGAGGAUGCACUUCUCACAUCACUAGUCAGUCAGUUCAGCUCACCUGAGGCUGGAGCUCAGCUUGGUCCAUCCUUUGCACUUUCGAUGUGUAUUGAGUAUGGAAUGAUGUGUUAUGGCCAAAAAGCUAUGACUGCGUUCAUCAAGAAAGCAACUUCCCUUAUUCAAAGCAAAGCAUGGGAAUUGUGUAAGAACUUAUCAGAAUGGCAAAUUGACACCGAAAAAGCCAAAAAACCAGUGACAGUAUUAAAGGAGCUAUUUGCCAAGCUCGAAGCAGUUCUGCUCUUACUAGCAAACACCCUUGAGCUCUACUACUUCAUCACCACCAACUGCCGGUCUCUCAACUUCUCCGAGCCUGUUUCACCACCGCAGUGGAAGAGUUGCGAUCAGGAGCAAGUGCAGGGAAAUCAUAGCGUGCUUCUCGAUCUUUACAACGUGCUGGUAUACACAUUCCAACAGGCAUUCUACUCUGUCAGCAAAGUUCUCUAUCAUGCUCUCCCUGUGAUUCUGGGUGGAUGCACCGAGGACAAGCUAAGAGGCAAACCUGAACCACCAAUAGUGAUUGAUCAAGCUGUGGAUUUCCUACAGGCCCUAUUUGAUCUGCUCACCAAAGUGCACAUCCAUCUAGAGGUUGUCUCCCAGUUCUUUGCCAACGUCUUCUUCUUCACAAAUGCUGUGAUGUUCAAUGCAUUGAUUGAACAAGGAGGAGACUUGUCUCUCUAUCAAUGUAAUUCUGGACUGGCAAUGAGGGCCAAUCUUGAUCUGUUGGAGGGGUGGGCUUGCCAAGUCGGAUUCAGAGAUAGUGUGCUGCACUACUUGGCUAAAUUCUCUGGAGCGAUGGACCUUCUUUCUUCAUCACACACACAACUGUUAGAGAUGGAUUGGUACAAUUUUCGUAAAGAGUACCCAAUGCUGCAUCCUGCUCAGCUGCAUUUCAUUCUCAGCAACUACCUGUUACCAGUUUCCCAUGUGCCUAGCCACUGGACUCCCACACAAGAAGAUGCGUUGCACGCUGUGAAAACAGGGUCAUUGAAGGAAUCUUUUGAUCAUCAUCCCUCAUUCGAACUGCCCACCUCUGGUUACACUAUUGAUCUGACCAAAACUUCCGAUGACAUGGAGCAUCUACAGCCCUAUUUAGAGGGCUUGAGAAAGCAGCUAAAGUCACCUAAAAGUUAUGUUGACAUUGUGCCUAUUACCGAGAGUAUGUCAAUUACAUCGUACGUAAACGACGAUUCAUCAGAGAGUAUGCCAACACCUUCACACAAUAAGCCACACAAAGUACGGAAACUAUUGAUAAAUGCCUCACCUGUUAGAGCGAGACGAAAUAUUGGAAGCAACACAGAAUCUCAAGAAGAUUUACUAGAAGACACAAGAAACAAAAGAAACUCUGAUAAUAUUGAGCAGAAGCAUAAUAGCAUUAGCACACAGCUAAUAGGUAAUUACGGGACAAACAGCUCAAAAAGGUAUUCGAGGAAAUCUGGCGGAGAAAAGAUAGUAGAUCGAGUUCAUUCAAUCGUUGCUCCAAGAUCUUUCAAGACUCCUGAAAGAUUUCUAUUAGAGCCGGAUGGUGAACUAAAUUCUUCCUCAUGGCUAAAAGCUAACUUCCCUCUGAAUGCCGAGACUGUUACAAUUCCUCGAGGAGAAAGAGGCUUUGGAUUCAUAAUGGUGGAAGAAAAGGAAAAAGACUCUGAAAACUCUGAAAACUCAGCAAACUCAGCUAUUUUUAUUCAAGAGGUGUUACCAGGAAGCAUAGCAGAAAAAUGCUCUUUCCUCAGUAGCGGGGAUAGAAUACUGGCAAUUGAUGGACAACUGUUGGAUGGAGCCGACUACAUUAUAGCUGACAAGUACUUGAAAGAGGCUGAAGACGAUGUUACUUUAGUCGUUCUACGCAAAGAAAGAACACAUGCCAAAAUUUAACACAAGUAUAUCAAAUAAUCAUCAUAAGUUCACAACCAGUCUCCCACCAUUAAUUUUUUAUGUUCUUGUGCAAAAUACACAUUAGACAUUCUUAA